AUGUCGCGCUCUUUAGACAUUUCCAGGACGAAAAGUUUCGAGAGCUGUACUAGGUCCAACUCCGACAGUCACUUACAUGGAGUGAAAGAAUGGCAAGUCAAUCGGAUCUGGAUCGAAUCGAGUCGCAGUGGAUUUGUGGACGCACAAAUAGGCACCUUCGGCAAAGGAGACGGCAGCAACAUCCUAGAGAGGCUGGCGGAACGAAAUGACUCGACAAACCCAUCCGCCGAGAGCCUGCUUCGUAUUGGUCAUAAACCACCAUUUUCCAGUAACGAACCUGUGUCGCACCAAUCUUUCAAUUACAGGCCGAGCCCCUUGCGCGACUGGUACCAAGGAGUGGUUUUCAUCGCAAUCAUCACACUACUCUGUCUAACAGCUGUGGCUGUGGGGACCCUUCCAAAUGAGAGGACAACAUUUGCCCCCUUCAUUGAAGUUGAACCAACGAAUAAAAAUUCUGUCAAAAACCGAGGACUGGCGGUUGUGGGUGACUACAAACAAUCAGAAAACUACGUCUAUGCCAGAUAUUCCGUUAAUCCCGAAGAAUCUGUGGGCAGCGAUCUCAUGAGACGCGACGUAGAAUGUACUACAACGGUCUACGUUGGCAAGAGCAAAGAAUCGACCACACAAGACACAACUGCUUUUGUUCCUUCAUAUACUGGUGCUUACGAAUGUGUUCAAGUUACACUCUCAUGGAGAUGGGUCUGCCCAGGAUGUACGGGUGAUUCUGGUGGCUAUAUCAACAUUGGAAGCAAUACGAUAACAGUAAUGCCAAGUACUCGAGCGCCAACAAAUGUGGCUUCUACAGCUCAAGUUCUAUCUGGUGCAACGGCAACGCGGACUGCAGCGGUACCACCGACAACUGAAAUUUCGACUACUCGAAUUACGUCACAGUCCAAGAGCGAGACGAAAGAUCCCCAGACAAGCAAACAAUCUACAAAUGGAGGAGAAGAAACAACUCGCAACUCUGUACUAGCAGCGACAGAAUCUAAUGGCGCACUUCAAAUAUUGCCGUCUGGAGACGUGGGCACAAGCGAGGUCAGCAUUGAUGGCUCUAUGGCUACUACAACUGGUGUCAUUCGAACCACGAUGAUCAAUGGCUCCCCAACCAUCAUAACAGAUAGUGUCCGGACCACUAUAAACAGCGGUUCACUUGCAAGCAUGACUGAUGUCGUCCAGACAACAGUUAUCGAUGGCUUGACAGCAACCAUGACUGGUGGAGUCUUGACUGCUGUAUUCGAUGGUUCUUUGACAACUAUCGUUGACGCAUCGCAAGGACUAAGCACAAACGUGAUUGACGCACUAGUGCGCUCUACCUAUACUACGGCAUUCACAAAUAGCGAUGGCACGCUGACGACACAAUUGGUGUACGUGGCUGAUAUUUUGAUGGGGACUUUAUCGGGGACUUUAACGGGUAGCCAAGGAUCUCAAACAAGGUCUGCCCUCACCUUGAUUACAGAUUUCCCCGCGAGCUCAUCCGUUAGUCCCAGCAGUUCGAGCUCACCCACUACACCUCCGUUAAAUUCCGACCCAGGUUAUAGCGGUUCGCCGACUGAUACCAACGCCAGCUCAGGGACACCAAUGCUACAAGUCUACGUUGUGACCGAGGGCCAGUACUUUGUCGGCCUCUUUUUGCCUACCUUGUUAACUACAUUUCUCGCGAUACCGUUGCGCAUAAUGGACUUUAAUAUCAAGCUUUAUCGACCCUUCCACAAUCUUCUCUCAAAGGAUGGCACCGAGGCAUCAAGAUCAUUGUUGCUGCCGACGACUGGGUUAUCGAGUUACUUUCGCGCCAGCGACAAGAUCACUCGCUUAACUGGAGCAUUGAUCACUUUUAGUGCCAUUCUGAUCCCGAUAAGUGCUGAAGCUGUCCAUAUGGUCCUUCAUCGUGGUGAUGGUUGUCAAUCUGGCCAAGGAAAUGCAUACAACUGCGCCAUGACCUUGGGCGCCAGCACCGUGCCCGCCUAUAUCACAAUUGCUCUUUUGUUAGUCAUGGGUAUUCUUAUCAUAUCGGUAUGGUACCACCUCCGAAAUUACCACACUGGUAUUCCCGGAAAACCAUGGAACUUGGCAUUCAUGUCCAGCUUCUCGUCGGAUCCAAAGAUCCAAUCGUUGGUGUUGUCAAAGUUGUGUGCAAAUGCAAAGCCGCUUAAGCGAAAAGAUCUACUCCAGGUCUUGGACCCCUGGCUGUACAUAAUAGAAUCUCAGACAAAGGCUACCAGUGGUUGUAAAGUCGCGAUAUUCGACAAACGUCAAAAUCAAGGCAAGGAUGAGAGGAAGAAUCUUGUUCUUCAAAAAAGCCUGAGCGAAACCAAGGUUCAAUCCAGUAAAGCCCGAGGUGCACCAUCCUUCGUUCUUACGCCACAGGGCAGAAUUCUCAUACUGCUAUUUAUUACUGGAGUUUUCUGCUUAGUUGUAGCGUACGAGCCAGAAAGGCCCGCCAACGGUUUUGAAAAUUUCAUGAACAGUAUCGCUUGGCUAAGCCCGUAUAAAAUAGCUUCGAGGGAACUACCCCCAGCACUAGCACAAAAGACUCUUGAACUGACUCUACCGACAAAUCCAUUCAGCGGCUUGUAUCGUGCUAUCUCGGGCAGCCAUCCUGAUGCAUACCUCGGCAUUGUGUCUCUUGUCGCGAUACUGGCGCAAGCUUUGCCGACACUCUUGGUCAACGUACCUUUUAGGAUGGUAGAGACGUACAAGACCCACGAGAUAUGUCUGUGGUCUGCCGGUGCUGUCAUGGCAGCAAUGAUUUGUACGGUAGUGGGCUCCUUCUUUGUCGAGCUCCCUCGCAUGGCUGUCGACCCCAGCACUGUAGCCGGUGCCAUGUAUUAUGCAACCGUGGAUAGGACUGUGUAUCACAACAAAAGAGACUACCAGAAGUUUGCAUUGUGGAACAAAUGA